UCAAACCCAGGGCCUCAUGUAUGCCAGGCAAGCACCCUACCACUAAGCCACAUUCCCAGCCCCUGAACUUGUAGCCUCUGUAGAGUCUGGGAGGAAGGAGGGCCUAGAAGCAGCCUGAGAGAAGGAGGCCCAGGUAUUGGGAGGGGGGAGGGAGGACUAGAGCUGGGGUCACAGGGAAGCAGAGAGGCUCCUGUCUCUCCCUGGAAGGAGAACCUGGACCCACAGGCUGAUGCGGUCACCCCCAGCCUGCACCCCCCCUUUGCAGCCUCAGGAAGAUGAACUCUGCUACGCAAACCUGUCCCUGCACCAGCCAGGAGCCUCCUCCAGUUCGUCCCAGCACAAGGCCUCCAUCAAGCCUUCUUCCGCUGGCCAGGAGGAAGUGGAAUAUGUCACCAUGGCUCCCCUUCCCAAGACGGAGGUUUCUUACGCCUCUCUGUCUUCGGACGCUUUGCAUCAGGAGCCAACCUACAGCAACACCCAUAUUCCUGGCACUGGCCCCGAGACGACCACAGAAUACAGCAGCGUCAGGUGGCCCUAGCCUCUGCUUACAGCCUUUCUCCUGGACCUGGACAAUGUCUGCGAGCAUGUUCCUGUUCGUCUGCUUUCUGUACCUGGCCCCAAGCAAGUCCAACUGGUGCUUGAGACUCUGGGAUCAACCAGCACAGUUCCCCAUCCCUGUCCCUCCUCCCCCAGGCUUGGGAAGAGGCUGAGGGCACACUCUGGGAAUGCCAUGGGAAUUGUAAUGGUGAUAAUGAUAUUAAGAGUAGUUAACCUUUA